AUGGCAGCCAAGAGUAUCAUUUGUAGUGGGGUAAGACAGAGGAUUGGAAAUGGGGAAUCUACACUCAUAUGGACCCAUCCUUGGUUACAGGACGACCAAGACCCCAUGAUACAAACAGAGAUGCCAGUACAGUUACAGGAUGCUAAGGUGGUGGGAUUGAUUGAUCAACAAACACGGACUUGGGAUCUUUCAAUUUUAACUGAUCUUUUUCAUCCUAGUGAUGUGGCAAAUAUUCUUAAAAUACCAGUUUCUCCGGAUUAUGAUGAUACUUGGUAUUGGCCUGGGGACCCGAGAGGAGUUUAUUCUGUAAAGGGCGGAUACAGAUUAAUAGUUGGUAAUUAUGGGAAUGAGAAUGGGACCUUUACAAAGUGGUUAACCUUGUGGAAACUCAAAAUACCCCCAAAAUGGAGAAUGUUCCUAUGGAGAGCCAUUUGUGAUAUACUGCCUACCACUUCUAAUUUGCUUAUAAAGAGGGUAGAAGUAAACCCAUAUUGUGCCAUGUGUGGAUCAUCUCAAGAGGACACUAUGCAUGCUUUAGUGUUAUGUGAAUUUGCAAAGAACAUUUGGGACCGAUCCAACCUUCCAAUCCCCAAUAUUAUAACGAAUAUUUUUCAUAUUUGGUUUGGUGAGCUCUUAAAUGUUUUAGAUUUUGAUGGGAUGUUAUAUGCAGCAUCAAUCCUCUACAAUAUUUGGAGAGCACGGAACGGGGCGGUUUGGAAUGCUCUAUUACCACGGCCACAAUCUUUGUUGGCAGCAGCGAAUUCGGCAUUGCAUGCAUGGAGAAGGGCAAACCCGCCAGCAGUCCAAAACCACGUACCACUGCCUGCAACGCAAUCUCAACAUCUUGGCUCUCAUGCGCCACUCAGACCUCACGGUAUUGUACAGGAAGAGCCACCUCGGAGGCUAUGUCGCAUCGACGCGGGGUUUAUACACAAUACGGGCAAGGCUACGGUUGGGGCAAUCCUCGUAGACAUGAAUGGAGGGUAUGUCGCGGCCUUCAGUGCACCCCUCCCGGAUUGUUUCUCACCACUUAUGGCCGAGGCAUUGGCAUGCAAGGAGGCUUUGUCAUGGUUAAAGGAUCGAGGGGAACAGAACAUCGAAAUAUAUACAGAUUGUUUAAUGCUACAGCACUAG